UGUACUCACAGCGACACUUGGCAAGCGCCCAUACAACAAUGUGUCGUGAGACAAUCUCCAUGUUAAAAGACAUGACGGCACUGUUGUAUGUUCUCUCACUUUUUGAACCUGUCCACCGCUCCAGACCUAAUGCUGUUGUGCAAAUGCGAUAACCGCCAUCCAUCUAGCGGCACACUUCGACGCAGACCCAAAACAUUUUUUUCCUUUGGCGAGGCAGGCCAUCGCAGCUGCUGCCCUGGCUCCUCCCGGGAGAGCUGCUCGGCGCGCGCUGGAGUCGCGCACGGGUGGUGGUGAUGGAGGAGGAGUUCGGGCCACUGGCCAACGUCUGCGUGCUCCAAAUAAAAACAAGCAGAGCGUCGCGAAGACAGAGCGGCACGCUGGGGACGCUGUCGCAGAGGGAAGAGUUAGAGGAGGAGGAGGAGGGGGCCGUGGCACAAAGCCGUCCCCCUGGCGGAGGGAGGAGGUAAGUACUUCUAGACGUGGAGCUCCGCGCUGGGACUGGUUCCUUCGCAGCCAUUUUCUGUCCAACCAAACGGCCGUUUUGAGAAGGUAACCAACCAGGGCUGCAUUGGAGAUGGAUGGUGACAGCACUACAACAGAUGCUUCUCAGUUAGGCAUAUCUGGGGACUAUAUUAGCGGAAGUCACUAUGUUUUACAGUCUCAUGAUGAUGAUGGCGAGGAUGGAAUGAAUGAUCAUGAGGAUGGCAAUGGCAGCAAAGAUGGCUUCCGAGAGCAAGACAUCUACCUUCCUAUUGCCAAUGUUGCAAGGAUAAUGAAGAAUGCCAUUCCUCCUACAGGAAAGAUUGCUAAAGAUGCCAAGGAGUGUGUGCAGGAAUGCGUAAGUGAAUUUAUUAGCUUUAUAACCUCUGAAGCUAGUGAGCGGUGUCACCAGGAAAAGCGCAAAACCAUCAAUGGAGAAGAUAUUCUAUUUGCCAUGUCUACAUUGGGAUUUGACAGCUAUGUAGAGCCACUCAAAUUAUAUUUGCAAAAGUUCAGAGAGGCAAUGAAAGGAGAAAAGGGAAUAGUGUCUACUGUCACAGUCUCUGAUGGUCUUGGUGAUGAACUAACAGAGGAAUCCUUCACUAACCAGUUACCUGCCGGAUUAAUAACUACAGAUGGUCAGCAGCAAAAUGUCAUGGUGUACACAACAUCAUAUCAACAGAUUUCUGGUGUUCAGCAGAUUCAGUUUUCUUGACACAGAAAUUGAGACAUUUGGACGAAGAAGUAUUGCAAAAAAAUGAAAUGUAAGAAGAGAACCGCUGGGCUGAAAACUUGGAGGAUGUCAUCUGUGGAAGAUGGACCUGCUAGCGUGUCUCUCUUCAGUGUACAAAUUAAAUUAAAUGUCGGUAGUGGUUGUAAACGUUUGAUUUUUGACUUGAGCCACAUGGAUCUGGCAUUGAUAGGUUUUAGAACACUGAUUUCAAGGUAAUAGUAUGUGUGUGUGCGUGUGUGCGCGUUUUUUUGUUUUUGUUUUUUUUUUUGUAUAAUAAUUGUUUAGCAUUUUGUCCAAGUUUCAAAUAGGGUGGGUUUUGGAUGAAGGGUGGGAGGGUUAAGCAUGCAGAAAGGAGUACAUUGCUUCCUUUCGUUCUUUGUGUAAAAAUGAGGAUUUAUCCCUGCCAUAAAUGCAGGGGACAGGUUCUUAUUUUCAUAUUGAAUCAUGUUGCUCUUUUUGUAAUUUGAGUAAAAUAUCACAUGAAUUCAUGUUAAAACUUUUAAUAAAAUGCAAGCAUUGAAUUUUU